AUGGCUGCGCAAAUCACGACUGUCGCGGAGACCAAGGAACUCCGUGGCUUGAAUCUCAUCGCUGCCCAUUCGCAUAUUAGAGGACUUGGUGUCGAUGCCGAUUCUUUACAACCUAGGACCUCAUCCCAGGGCCUUGUGGGCCAGGAGAAAGCGCGAAAGGCCGCUGCCGUAAUUUUGCAGAUGGUCAAAGAAGGCAAGAUCGCUGGCCGCGCAGUGUUAAUUGCAGGACCUCCCAGCACAGGUAAAACAGCACUUGCCAUGGGAAUGGCACAAUCUCUCGGGCCCGACGUCCCCUUCACAAUGCUCGCUUCUUCAGAGAUCUUCUCAAUGGAAAUGUCGAAAACCGAAGCACUCACUCAAGCUUUCCGAAAGUCCAUUGGCGUUCGGAUCAAGGAAGAAAGUGAGAUCAUCGAAGGUGAAGUGGUGGAAAUCCAGAUCGAUAGGAGCGUCACUGGUGGUAACAAACAAGGGAAACUCACCAUCAAAACUACUGACAUGGAGACAAUCUACGACAUGGGCACUAAGAUGAUCGACUCCAUGACCAAAGAGCGUGUGAUGGCCGGCGAUAUAAUCUCUAUCGACAAGUCAUCGGGUAAAAUCACGAAGUUGGGUCGUUCGUACGCACGUUCACGGGAUUAUGAUGCGAUGGGUGCUGAUACCAAAUUCGUGCAAUGCCCUGAGGGUGAACUCCAAGUGCGCAAGGAAAUUGUGCAUACCGUGAGUCUUCAUGAGAUUGAUGUCAUCAACUCACGGUCACAAGGAUUUCUGGCUCUCUUUUCCGGCGAUACCGGAGAAAUUAGGAGCGAGGUUCGGGAUCAGAUCAACACAAAGGUCGCUGAAUGGAAGGAAGAGGGCAAGGCGGAAAUAAUCCCUGGCGUCCUCUUCAUUGACGAAGUUCAUAUGCUGGAUAUCGAAUGCUUUUCCUUCAUUAACCGCGCUUUGGAAGCUGAGCUUGCGCCAAUUGUCAUCAUGGCCAGUAAUCGCGGCCAAGCCCGCAUUCGGGGGACAACCUAUAGUUCUCCCCAUGGGCUGCCUCUCGACUUCCUUGACCGUGUGGUCAUCGUGAGCACACAGCCCUACUCGGCUGAUGAGAUCAGACAGAUUCUGGCCAUCAGAGCUCAGGAGGAAGAGAUUGAUCUCUCGCCGGACGCUUUAGCACUUCUGACCAAGAUUGGCCAAGAAUCAAAUCUCCGAUAUGCUAGCAAUAUCAUCACUACUUCUCACCUCCUGAGCCAAAAACGAAAGGCAAAAGAGGUCAGCAUCGACGAUGUUCAGCGCAGCUACCGGCUAUUCUAUGACCCUGCUCGGAGCGUCAAGUUUGUGAAUACAUAUGAGCAGCGCUUCAUUAGCGACCAAGGCAACGUAACCUUCUCCGCUGCAGCAAAUGGAGACGCUAUGGAGAUCUCUUAG